AAUUGCGUCGCCUCUCGCGGACAAGAUAUUAUCUAAAUUAAGAACGCGAUCCACACAUAUUAACAGACGAUACAACAACUUUGCGGAAGAAUGUGUGAUCCGAGCGAAAUUAAACGAACUUUCAACACGUGAUAAAAAAAAAUACUUUUCAACAUUAAUAUGAAAUAAUGCCGAUUUUAUUCAGUGCGUUCGCGUGUGAUAGAGUUAUUGUGAAUAAAUUUGCAAGCUGCGAGGGCAACUUCGAUGAAAUAGUUGAAACUAUGCUUAUAAAACUUCCGCAAAACAAUCGAAAAAUGACAUAUUCGCAUGGAAAAUAUCUGCUGCAUUACAUCGUUGAGGACAGACUCUUUUAUUUUUGUGUUACAGAUAGGACAUGCCAGAGAUCAAGAGCAUUUCUAUUUUUAAAUGAAAUAAGACGGCGACAUAGGACUGAUUUUAAAAACAACUUCGCAGAUGUAAUGGCUGAAGAGAUGUUCAGAUAUAAUGAGGAUUACAGCACUAUUGUUGUGAGGAAUGGGGAAUUAGACGAGGUCAAUACCAUUGCUGUCGAUAGUAGUGAAAACAUAUUGGGAGAGAAAAUACUUUUGGUAGAAAACGAACUAAACUUAAAGUACACUACAACGUCUUAUGUUGAAGAGAAACCUCAACAAGUCACACUGGCCGAAGACAAAGGACAGACCAACCAAAUAGUGUUCGUAGCAGUAAUAUUUGUUGGUCUAUCAGUACUCUAUGUAAUAAGUCCUGUAACUUUCACUGCAAUUAUUGUAUUAUUUAUAUUGCGUACGAUCAAUCGAUAAAAUAACUGUAAAUUUUAAUCCUUAAAGAAAUAAUAUUUUAUUAAUUUUUACAUAAUAUAACAUUUUUAGUUUUUAAA